GCUUAGUAUAAAUACCUCGCAAACCCACACUCGCUUUGUGAUUAGCUGCUCGUCCUCUGUUUCUCUCUUUCUCAAAACACAUUUCAGAACUCUCGCAAAUUUCAUCAAUGGCGUACGAGCGGGUUCUCCUGGGGAUGGGCAAUCCUCUUCUCGACAUUUCAGCUGUCGUUGACGAUGAAUUCUUGACAAAAUAUGACAUCAAGCCGAACAAUGCCAUUCUUGCUGAGGACAAGCACCUGCCCAUGUAUGACGAAAUGGCUUCCAAGUCCAAUGUAGAGUAUAUUGCUGGAGGUGCGACUCAAAAUUCAAUUAGGGUUGCCCAGUGGAUGCUCCAAGUUCCUGAUGCGACUAGUUACAUUGGAUCCAUUGGGAAGGACAAAUUUGGAGAAGAGAUGAAGAAAAAUAGUAAACUUGCUGGUGUUAAUGUACAAUACUAUGAAGAUGACAAGGCUCCAACAGGAACAUGUGCUGUUUGUGUAGUUGGUGGUGAGAGGUCCCUUGUUGCUAACUUAUCAGCUGCAAAUUGUUACAAAUCUGAGCAUUUGAAGCAACCAGAAAACUGGGCUCUGGUGGAAAAGGCAAAAUAUUUCUACAUUGCUGGAUUUUUCCUUACUGUGUCUCCUGAGUCCAUCCAACUGGUUGCUGAACAUGCAGCUGCAAACAAUAAGGUAUUCAUGAUGAAUCUAUCUGCUCCUUUCAUUUGUGAGUUCUUCAAGGAUGUGCAGGAGAAAGCCCUGCCGUACAUGGACUAUGUUUUUGGGAAUGAGACAGAAGCAAGAACCUUUUCAAGGGUUCAUGGCUGGGAGACUGACAAUGUCGAGGAGAUCGCCAUAAAGAUUUCCCAGUUGCCCAAAGCAUCAGGUGCUCACAAGAGGAUUACUGUGAUCACACAAGGUGCAGAUCCUGUUGUGGUUGCUCAGGAUGGGAAGGUGAAAUUGUAUCCUGUGAUCUUGUUGCCUAAGGAGAAUCUGGUUGAUACCAAUGGAGCUGGGGAUGCAUUUGUUGGGGGAUUCUUGUCUCAGCUGGUUCAAGAGAAGCCCAUGGAAGACUGUGUUAGAGCUGGUUGUUAUGCCGCAAAUGUUGUCAUCCAAAGGUCAGGCUGCACAUACCCCGAAAAGCCUGAUUUCCAUUAGGCCCCAUUUCUCAACAGUUCAGCUCCAUGUAGUUCCAUUUGUGGUAGAGUUGGAUUUCAUGCUGAUGUAAUUGUCAGAGCCGGCACUGUUUAUGUCCUAAACCCAUUUAUCUGGUAUAGGAGUUUGUUUGUUUUGAUGUUAAUUUUGUUUGUGAUCCUUGUCACAUAAAGAUGACAUCGAUGGCAAUUUUUUUACAGAACGUAUUUUCCAUAUUAAUAUCAAAAAAGCUGAACAAGUUAUCGCAGUC